UAGCUCUCCGUUACACCACCCGCCUCACGCCGUCACGUCAACUUCCGCCACAGAAAGCACGCGCCGCCCGCCCUGCCCCGCCCCCCGCGCAUGUCCAACGCCGGCGAACCCGCCGGCACGGCCGCCGCCGCCGCCGCUGCUGCUGCGGCGGCGGCGACGCCGUCCGGGCGCGCGCCGAGGCUGCCGAGGUGGACGCGGCAGGAGAUACUGGUGCUGAUCGAGGGGAAGCGCAUGGUGGAGGGGCGCGGAGGCGGGCGCGGCGGGAGGGGCCGCGUCGCCGCCGCGGCGGCUGCUGCGGCUGCGGCGGCUGCGUCGGCGGGCGGCGGUGGCGCGGGGGAGGCGGUGGCGCUGGAGCCCAAGUGGGCCGCGGUGGCGGAGUACUGCCGGCGGCACGGCGUGGAGAGGGGCGCCGUGCAGUGCCGGAAGCGGUGGAGCAACCUGGCGGGGGACUACAAGAAGAUCAAGGAGUGGGAGCGCGCGUCGGCGGCGGCGCGGGAGCCGUCGUUCUGGGCCAUGCGCAACGACGCGCGGCGGGAGCGGCGGCUCCCGGGGUUCUUCGACCGGGAGGUGUACGACAUACUCGACGGCAGGGGACGCGCCCUCGUCGCCCCCGCCGCGCCCUCCGGCGGUAAUGCCGCGGAGGAGGAGGAGGAGGCCGCGCCCGCGGAGGAAGAGGAAGAGACGGAGAAGGAGAAGAAGGCGCGGGCCGAGGAGACGGUGUUCGACAGUGGCCGCCCCGCCGCCGAGGAGUCGCUGUUCUCGGACGACGAAGAGGAGGAAGAGGAGGAAGCGCCGGUGGUGACCGCCGCCUCCGCCGUAGCUGCGCCGGCACAGGCGCCGUCUCGAGCGGUGAUCGCCUUGCCGAUAUCCGAGAAGCACGAGGCAUCAAGGCAGCACAGAACAGAGCAAGGAGGCACGUCGAAGGACAAGCAGCCGGAGCAGCAAGCCGCACCGAGAGACACGCCGCCGACGCAGCAGGGCGGGCAGAAGCGGCGGCGAGCCGACGACGACGAGGGAGACGACGGCGGCGGUGAUGUCGGCGGAGGCUCCAGAGAGCUGCAGCGCAAGCUGGUGGAGAUCCUGGACCGGAACAGCCGGAUGGUGGCGGCGCAGCUGGAGGCGCAGAACGCCAACAGCCGCCUCGACCGGGAGCAGCGGCGGGACCAGGCGGCCAGCCUCGCCGUCGUGCUCGGCCGCCUCGCCGACGCGCUCGGCCGGAUCGCCGACAAGCUAUAGCUGUAGCGCCAGUAGGGGGAUUCCAGCGUCGUUACGUUGUACGGUUGUAGUGCGUUGAAAUAAUUUACAGCAGUGACAGAGAAGCAGGAGAUGAAAAAAAAAAAAGAGAAGAAAAGGUGACAUUUUUAUGGGGAUGUACAGAUUGGCAUAGGAUGAUUAAUUGGCAAAAUUCGAUUCUUUUGUAAACCGGUUCUGACGUUACGUCAGAAACCGUGAUUGAUUUGA